AACUCCUUUAUACAACAAAAUUAAGUAAAGAACGCGUAAUUGGGACGCCGCCUGUAUUCUCUUCUCACGCCCAUUUGUUGAUAUCAUCUCGUCGUCAAGAAAGCUUGAAGAUUUUGAGAGAGAGUCAUGGGGGUGUCAAAGGAGCAAGUGGAGUCGGCACUUAGGUCAAAACUGUCUCCUUCUCAUAUCGAAGUGAUUGAUACAUCCGGAGGGUGUGGUGCAAGUUUCCAAGUUGAGAUUGUGAGUGAAGAAUUUGAAGGGAAGAGAUUGUUGGAAAGGCAUAGGAUGGUGAAUGGGGCACUGGUUGAGGAGAUGAAAGACAUUCAUGCCCUUUCCAUCACCAAAGCUCUCACUCCUGAUCAAUGGAACAUUAAGCAACAAGAAUCUGCAACUUCUCAACCUCCUUCUACUACUACUUAAUAUUAAUAAUCAAUAGUACUAUUUUGGUUGCAAUAAUAUUAUCCUUCACAUGUAAUCUCUUGCUUAUGUAUGUGUCUUGCUUGACAAAUUGUAAUAACAAGUAGCCUGUAACAUGGUGUGUGACA